AGCGUCUGCAAAGCCAGUUUUUUUUCCUUGAAAAUGAAAGUGAAAGUAUCCGGAGAAACUUCGAGUGGCAACCGAGCUAAAGGGGAUUUUCGCGGGGUCACCAAUGAAGAAUAAUGGAUUUAAUCUUAAAGAUCCUUAUUUACUUGUAUCUAAGUGCAGGUGUGUGGAGUAUCCAGAACCAGUGGCUGCCCUGUCAGUUCACUGACGAACAUGUGUUUACUAAUAAUGAGGGACACACUGAGACUCGACUCAUCCACAGAGAGGCUAUGCUGCAAUUUGGUCAGAAAGGAGAUGCUCCUGUUAACCAAAACGCCAUCACUUUCUUAAUCACUGGAUCAAAGUUGGACCUGAGGCGGUAUGUGGAGGGGGUGGAGGAAGAGCAGCUGGAGUGUGAGCUACGCAGAUACAGCACAGAAGGCAUUUAUGUCCGCUGGCCUGUCAUGGGCGCCCAAGAGUACAACCACUGGUUCCUCUGCACCCUCAGACACAGCAGGGGCCUCUUUACAGUCGCCGGUUUCCUCAGGCACCCCUCUGACCAGCCUCCUCCAGGAGAGCAGGACUACCGCAAAUGGCCCCCCAUACCUGACAGAGAGGUUCUCACCACCACAGUCGCCAUGGCCAUCAAAACAAAGACUCCUUCAGUGAAAGCAGGCCUGAUGUCCCAGCAAAAGCUCCACUGCCAGUUUGAUGUUGACCACAAGGGCGGCAACAUCACUGUGGAGUGGCACUGGCAGCACCGGGGAGAGAGGAAUAAACUCUUCAGCUACACCAGCCGCACCGGGCACACCCAGGGGAGCGGCGUUGGGGUGAAGGCUCUGGCAACUGGCGAUGCCACCUACACCCUCCCCCUGUCUAAGAUGAGCAGUGAAGGGACCUACAUUUGUUCAGUGUCAGUGAAUCCACUGUUUGGCAGUGUGGACAUAAAUCUGCACAUCGAAGAGCCUCCUCGUGUCUCCCUCAAUGUGGGACCCACCUUCUCACUGCUGGACGGCCAGGAGCAGAAAGUUGUCUGUGAGGCAAACAGCUACUACCCCCUGGACGUGGAGAUAGUUUGGUAUGAGCAGGACCUGGCAGCGUCAGGCCAGAGGGUCGGUGCUCCUCUGCCCAAGGUGCUGGAUAACAUCCUGCUGUCCAGCCACAAACAUAACCAGGACAGGACCUACUCACUGUCAGCUUUCUUCUACCUCAAGGCUUCGCUCAGGCAGUCUGGCAAACAGUUUACUUGCAGUGUCUCUCAUCACUCCCUGAAAGUGCCCAUCAAAAAGAGCUUCAUUCUGAAUGUGGAAGAGCCAGGGAGCUGGAUGUUUAACAUUGCUCUUGGCUUGUUUGCGAUUGUACUGUUGGUCAUCCUGUUUGUAAUGCUGCGCUACCUGCACUCAGCAAGGAAAAGGGCAGUGGAGAAGAAGCCAUACUGAGCAGCGCUGAUGGCCUGAGCAGAGCAUCGCAGCCACCAGUGAGAACAGUCCCCCCGCCAUCUUUUUUUAUUUAGAAAUACUGAAAUGCUUGACUUUAGUUUUUAGGUGUAUUUGGGUUUCUGUGAAACUGAUUGUUUUUGUGUUGCACUGAUUUAGGUUUAAUUUCAUGGACUCUGAAAGUCUGAUUGUUUUGAAGUAAAAUGUGGUUUCUUUGGCCAAGAGUAAACCAUGUCCAUACAAUCCAAGUCCGCCCUAAUAGAUAUGCCUGCUGUGCCAGCUAGGCUUUAUCCUUCUUCCACUAUGUUCAGUCAUAAAUCUUACGCCUAGUGAAGUGCAGCCCUUAGGUCGAAAUCCUGGUCGUGUCUCAACAGCUUGUAACACUAAAGGCAACACUGCAUGUGUUUGCAACAUGCAGACCUUCACACAGUAAGGAUGGAAGCAAACUGCUGGACAUACUGUAUACAGCAAUGAGCCACUGAGGUUAUAAUUAGGAGGUAUUUAUUUGAUUAGGCCAAAUCUGAUUGCUUUUUACUGGAAAAAAAUCAGCAUGAUUGCAAUUGGAGUUGGGCAAGCAGCUGGUCACCACCACUUUCCACUACAACACAACUAUUCAAUGCUGUAUACUGACAUGAGGUCCUCUUAUGUUUGAUGAUUUUUUCCCCAAUCAAAAUCUUUCUUUGCCUGAUCUUUCCACUUUUGAUGAUAUUGCUUUCCGAAUAAAGGCUGCCUGAGUCAGAACUAUUAUUAAUUUCCCCUAAUCAACCAUUUCCUCCUAUUUGUUAUUAACUGGGUUCGCUUGGCUAUCAGUGUGUUCUUGUGUUUAUUAGAAUCCUGAGAAAGUCCUGUUCAUUUUCCUGUUUUCUUCUUAUUAUAAUGUUAAUCUAAAUGCCUUUUCUUUUACCCCAGGAGCAACAAAUUAGCAGGACAGCACUGCUGCUAGGCAAUGGCUAUAGUCACAUAUUUAUUCAUGUGACUCAUCAUCACUAAGAGAGACCUUAAGCCUUAUUAUCAGGCUUAAGGUUGGUUGGUGCAACCAACAGACUGUAUGUAAAAGAUGGAUAUAGCCACAGUGAUCUCACCCAGUAGUUUCUGGAUUCCCCACUUUGAAGGCUAAGCCUUGUGAUUUUGGAUGAUACCAGGCUGUCUUUUAGGAGCAAUAAGAGACAAUAUUUGAUGAAGGGGGUGGAAUGUAGAUAUUAGCUAGCUAAUUUGGUUAGCAAGCAACAUUCAAUAAAUUAAGUGUCUGCUAAGUGGGGGCUUCAGUUCUGGCGAGUGAAAUUCCAGUAUUUUUACAAACUUUUUGAACAUGCCAAACUACACAGCAGGUUAUAUUAUUUGUCGGACAAUUAUAUUACAAAUAUAAAAUCCCUAACUUAAACCAUACUUGUGUCCAAAUAGAUGAGUUAUAGAAAAAUAUCACAUAUUACAUGACAUUAAGAGAAGGAAAGGUCGAAACUAUCCAUAGAGGAGACUUUCCUAUACCAGUCUGUAAACAUGCUUUUUAAUGUAUUGUAACAUGGAAAUGUAUGGGGAUUGAUUCGCUUUUUUUAGGGAACCUUAAUUGGCCAUUAGUGAAACUGCAGCUUUUUUCUUAUUUUUUUACUCUUGAAGGACUGUUGCUUGGUCUGAACUGCUUUUUAGAGUGGUCUUAACGAAAAACCAUUUUAUCAGUUAGAAUCA